AUGUCAUCUCUCCCAAAGACUAUGAAAGCCGUCCUCAUCGAGAAGACUGGGGGCACGGAAGUUCUACAGUACAAAACUGACGUACCGGUUCCAGAGCCGAAGGAGGGCGAGGUGCUUGUGAAGAACGAGUUCAUUGGCAUCAACUACAUCGACACCUACUUCCGCUCAGGCGUUUACAAGCCUCCGCAGUUCCCCUACAUUCUUGGCCGAGAAGGCGCUGGAACGAUUGCUUCCGUCGGACCCAAUGUGCCCUCUGAUCUCAAGCCUGGAGCGAAGGUAGCCUACAUGGGACAACUAGCGUAUGCUGAGUAUACCGCUGCACCAGCGAACUACACUAUACCGCUGCCUGAUUCCAUCUCCACAAAGACUGCUGCUGCUUCCCUUCUCCAGGCGCUAACCGCUGUAACCUUGAUCCGCGACGCGUACGAAGUCAAGAAAGGCGACUGGAUCCUUGUCACCGCUGCCGCUGGUGGCGUUGGCUUAUGGUUGUGUCAGCUGUUGAAGGCGGUCGGCGCAAGGGUCAUUGCUACGGCCAGCACAGAAGAGAAGAGAAAUUUGGCCAAGCAAAAUGGCGCAGAGGUGCUACUAGAAUACCAUGAGGAAGAUCGAGACGUCUUUGUCAAGAAGGUGCUAGAAGUUACUGGAGGUGAGGGCGUGCAUGCAGUCUUCGACUCCGUCGGGAAGUCCACUUUCGAUAGCUCACUGGCUGUGGUGAGGAGAAAGGGUACUAUGUGUUCGUUUGGAAACGCAUCGGGACCAGUCGAGGGUUUUGCGCUUGCACGCUUAUCGGCAAAGAAUGUCAAGCUCAUUCGGCCUACGUUGUUCAACUACAUUGCCACUCGCGAAGAGCUUCAGGCAGCCGCAAAUGAGCUGUGGAAGUUCAUCGAGAAAGACGGGCUGAAUGUAAAGAUUCAUGAUGUGUACCCCUUGAGCGAGAUUGUGAGAGCAACAAAGGACAUCGAGGGAAGGAAGACAACUGGAAAACUGGUGUUGACACCGUAA